GAGAGGGAGGGGGGAGCGAGGGAGAGAGCGAGCGGUGAGGGAGGGGGUGGAAAUGAUGUAAGCGGAGAGGACACCGACCACCACCCCGCUCACCUCGGCACGGUGCGCACGAACUGGGAGCCGCCCGAUCCGGCGCUUGCACGAGUCACGUCCGCGCGCCGCGAUGGCGGAGAGCGAGGUGGAGACGCCCAGCACCCCGAGCGAGCUGCUCGAGAACCGCUACUUCGAGUUCAACAACGUGAGGCUGCCUCCCUUCUGCCGCGGCAUCAUGGACGAGAUCCUGGCGUUCCCCGUGCGCGAGGACGACAUCUGGGUCGUCACCUACCCCAAGUCGGGCACGAGUCUGCUGCAGGAGGUGGUCUUCCUGGUGAGCCACGGCACUGACGUGGACGAGAGCGCCCUCAUGAACAUCGACGAUCACAUCCCCGUGCUCGAGUACCCGCAGCCUGGCCUGGAGGCAGUAAAGGUGCUGCCAUCUCCCCGCAUCAUCAAGAGCCACCUGCCCUACCAGUUCCUGCCCAAGGAGCUGCAGGACGGAAAGGCCCGGCUCGUGUACAUGGCCAGGAACCCCAAGGACCUGGUGGUCUCCUACUACCAGUUCCACCGCUCGCUGCGCUCCAUGAGCUACCGGGGCACCUUCCAGGACUUCUGCCGCCGUUUCAUCUACGACAAACUGGGCUACGGAUCGUGGUUCGAGCACGUGCAGGACUUCUGGGCGCACCGCAAUGAUGAAAACAUCCUCUUCGUGAAAUACGAGGACUUGCACAUGGACCUGCCCAGGGUCCUCGGGAGGCUCUCCUCCUUCCUGGGCGUCUCCUAUGAGCGAGCGCACCUGGAGGGCAUGGUCGCCUACUGCCAGCAAAUCAUCGACCACUGCUGCAACACCGACGCACUGCCCAUCAGCCGAGUCGGAAGCCUGCAGCAAGGCCGCGUGGGUCUCUGGAAGGACAUCUUCACCGUCUCCAUGAACGAACGCUUCGACAGCGUCUACCGCCAGAAGCUGGGCAAGUCGGACCUCACCUUCGACUUCCAGGUGUAGAGUUGGCCGAGCGUUGCCACCGCCAGCCGCGUCGCGGCCUCCAGAUGGGCCACGCUCGUACCCACCGCUACUCUCAGACCAUCUCCAGGCUACUUUACGACGCGUGUAUUAACGACGAUAACAAUCGGGCACAUUUGCUAUUUCGUGACGCUAUUUAAAGAGCAAGGCGACUGUCGUGACAAAGGCGCUACGUUCCACAUAGUAGGGAGGCAGUGUUGCUAUGUGUAACCCAAAUUGAGAAAUGUUAGUAAUAACUCAAAUUUGGACCAAUUUAUCAGUGGAAGUUUCAAAUGUAGCUAUUGUUUAACCAGAUGAGUUCAAGUUCGUUUUGUAUAACCAGGUGACAAUUUAAGAGAUUGGGAUACAGUAAUACCUCGGUUAACGAUGUAGAUGCAUUCCAUGAUGUCACUUCGUUAUCAGAAACUCGUUACCAAAGGUCAAAGAAAUGGAUUUCCACGCUGCACUUCUUGCCCAGUAAGGCCACUAGCACGAGAUUUUCGUUGUUUGGAUGACAAUGGGGUUAGUAAAAUCACUUUAAAACUGUAAAAACCACGAUAACGUUUCACCAACGCAAGGAGCUUGAGCAAUGGCGGAGGGAAGAGCGGGAAGCGCGCCGCUAAUUGCGCCUCGUGAGGGGGGAUUUCCGAAGCUCUUCGCCGAUUGGCUGCUGAUCAUGUACAGGACAUAAACCCCACUCGGUUGUGUCUACAGGACACACGCAGAAUUUAAAAGUGUUCUUUGUUGCAAGGCCUGCGGGCCUAAGGUGGCCCCUGGUGGCCUUUAGUGCGGCCUCCAACGUCGGGCCCCCGACAAUACACAAAUCUGAGAAUGAGUGGCGGCCCUCACACUGGUAUCUUAUCGGCGAAAGUGGCCCCCCUCUGCAAAUGUGUGAAUACGGAUUUAAAGCGUCACUCUUUUAAAUUUAUUUGCAUCAUUUCUGAAUAUAUUUUUUCUAUUAUUUUUUUGGCAACAAUAGGGGGGGUCGAAGGAACCCCCUCCACGGCCGACUUCGUUAUCAAGAAAAUUCGUUCCCAGAGGAUUCGUUAACCGAGGUAUUACUGAGUCUAAUUUGCAACAGUGACAUGCGGCAUUAGUCUGCCAAGAGGGGGUGAUCAUUGCUGCUGUGUAAGUCCCAGUUUAGUAAUUUGCGGUGUCAUCCUCACAUUUGGAAAAAUUUUGAUCUGGACAACAGCACAUGAUGGCCGAGUGUCACAAAUAACGUCACGGUAAUGGCUUUUUCAUAGCACCAUUUAUGAAGGGCCAUUGCCCAAAACGUCACAAUAUAUUUCUUAUUAUUUGUUCUUAUGCAUCACUGACAGGUAAUGUGUUUAACUGUUUGCGCAGCGGGUGUCACAGCCUUUCCCCAAAUGGCACUGUACGAGUCAGAAUCUGCAAUCUCUCUGGAUGACAGUUUGCCAGCGUGUCGUGGCAAAUGUGGAACUGUCGAAUUGUGAUUCCCGUUUGUGCAGCUCGAGAACGGAUGCCUUCAAAGAUUUAGAGGUAAAUCAAGCAGAUGGAUGAUCAAGAGAACCAUGUUACCGGAUCAUACCAGUUUCCCAGUUAACAUGGAACUUUGGGCCAACCACAUGGCAUCGUUGGGCCAAACACAUGCCAAUGUUGGCCCAACGUUGCAUGUGUAUUGGGCUCUUAUCCUUCACAACUUUAAUAGGACUAUUUUUGCCAGCCGCUUAGUGUUUUGGGCCUGUGGUGCCGAGCUCGGCAACAGUAAAGACAAACGUAUAUAGGCGGUCCCUGCUUUUACGAUAUCACAAUGGUAACCCCGUCGUAAAUCUAACCACUAUUUUCCCAUAGAUGGUAACCAGUAGAAACACCACUUGCCGAUUUGUUUUUCCUUUUAUAGGCCAUAAUUAACAGGGUUUAACAGGUAAACAUCCACAAAAACACUUAUAACCAGACUAUGGUCAAAUAUGUUUGAAGUGGUGUCGGAAGAUGCAUCGUAAAUAAAGUUCCUGUGUCGUAAAUCAAUGGUGGCAUUAUAUAAACGUAAAUGUGGACCAUCGUACAUCGAAGAUUACAUAUAUUUGUUCUGGGAAAUGCAGUAACACAGUCCAGGACAACGUCCCAAAUCUCAGACACCACAACUCGACACCAUCGCACACCUACACGUACAUUCGUUAGCACCGGUGAUCAUCCCCUCUUAUAUUGUUUGCCUGGCAAGAAAGGUUUACCAUUGUUUAUGCAGAACAAAGAGACUGAUUUAUAAAAAAAAAUAUCACAGCUCCAAGUGAAAUUAUAAUUAAUGAGCGUCAAUGGAGGACAGAAGUACUGUCGUGUAGUCGACCCGUUGAGACACACGAUACUUUACCUCCUGCAAGGGCGACCAGCAGUACUUUUUGGCUGGAACAUGUACUGCGACUCACCAGUGGAUCACUAGAGAUUCUGUUGUGGGUCUCGUGACAGAUCAGAACAAACACCGACAUCGUUAGCGCACAACAGUUUCCGCUACAGCCGACGGCAAGUAAAAAUUCGCCAAUAAAAAUUACUACAGUAAUUACUACGUUCAAAGUAUGAUAACUUGCACCAACGCAAGGUGCCCCUACUUGCUACGUCUGUCGUAUAUCACAGGGUUAAAUCCACCCGCUUAUUCGUCGUAGAUUUCUGGUGGUGGUGGAUCAUCGCGGAGGAGCAAUUUGAGAUCCACCGGAACGGAUCGUCGCAAUGCUUUGUGCAUUGGUUACCGCUGCUUUAAGGCGCUGCUGGACCGCCUGCGGGAAAUGUUGAUGUUGAACUGCACCAGCCUGCAGAAGCUAGCUACACUCAGCUAACAGACACCAAAGUACAAACCUGGAAA